AUGCACGAUCACCGUCCACCGCGAGCAGGCAGACAGAACAUAGGGGCCGACGACGCGAACCACCACGACCAAGCCAUGCCUCCUUCUCGACAUGUCGCUGCGUCUUCAAGGCAACGCUCAGAGGAGUCAUGGAUUGAUCUCGCAUCGGCGCCUUCGUCCACCUCCCUAUCCUCUGCGACCGACGAGAUCAUCACAACGGGCCUCACGGUACAGCACGACUCCAACGCGCACAGACGGCCCAACAGACGCUCACGAGGCGGCGGUCAGUUCUCAAUAGGGACUGGACACCGCAUCACGGCGGGAGGGAACAGUAGUCAGGAGGAGUAUGAGGAGAGCGAAAGCGAGUCGGACAGGGUCAUGACAUCCUCCAAUGAGGCCAUCGCUUCGUCACCUUUGAGGCAAACUCCGCAGUCUGUCGCGUCUUCGGAGACCAUGUCUGAGAGGGAAGAUGAUGACGAUGAGAAUGCGACGGCGGUCAACUACCCCCGUUCCUCAAGGCGGGAGUUCCAGCCACGGCCAAACGCCUUCUCGCACCCGAACAACCAACAAGCUAUCCGUUCGCAGUCUGGCACCCUGUACACACCUCGCAGGAACGUGAGGCCGGCUGGACAGCGACAGCACUCCUACCCUCAGCAUAACCCUUACAACGCCAUGGCACCCAACUACCAACCCGACCACGACGAAGCCCUCCGCGCCAGUCUAUCCACGUUGCUCUCGGCUGCCGCCGCUGUGCGUGGCCUCCCGAAGCCAGGCCAACCACGCGCGAACACUCCCUCAUCCACUCGAGUCGAUCCAUCCUCCCUCCGUAUGGUCCCAGAGUCCGUGGCCUUGGGUAACAUAUCCGAAGAGACCGCAUCCUCUCCAUGCAGCACUAGCAGCAGUCCUUCUGAUAAGCCCAAGCGCAAAGCAAGUCCGCCGGUACCCGGUGCUCGUAGCAGCAGCAAAGACCGUCGUACUGUCAAAAAGGCACGCAAGACCAUCCCGAUGAUUGAGGAAAUCAGCCCGACGCUGCUUACCUGGGUCGUCAGCGCUGGCGUCGUAGUCCUGGUCAGCGCCAUUGGUUUCUCAGCUGGCUACGUCGUCGGCAAAGAGACCGGACAUGCUGAGGCGAUGGGUCAGAUUGGCACCGCAGGUUCCGAGGCCGGACGCUGCGGUAAAGAAGCUGCUGCAGGCAUGAAGGGCACUGGUCUUGGCCUGCGGAAGCUGCGAUGGGGUUCUGGCGCGGGAAUCCGCGUCUAA